UAGAGUGCUACACAGUGGUAUCCAAUUGAGCUUUAAACAUACUUUCACGAUUACUUUAUGGUGAUGGCAGCAUCAGCUACGGGUCUAGGAGCGGGUAGAUCGCCUCCGUUUGUUGUUGUGGGGCUUGUCGUUUCUCUCUGCAUUUUGUCAUUCUAUUAUUGGCGGGUGUCUUCGCUGAAUAGCGAGUUACAGUUCCAGUUAUACGAACAGCGAGCUCUGUUUUCUGACGAGGCUACUAAACACAGUAAUGCGGAAAAACGAACUGAAACUGUUAUGGCGAGUCUCAAAGGUUGCGAAGAUGCCAUCGAAAAGGAUAAAACGCUCCUUGCGGAGAAAGAAAACAACAUAAAAAGUUUAAAUGAGCAAGUGCAAAAAAAAUCUGAUGAAUGUGAUGCCAAACAAAGAGAAAAAAGUGAAUGUGACACCAACCUUAAACAAUGCCAGGAUGAUACAAAUGGCGUUCGACAAGAGUUGUCCACAUUAAGAGAAGAGAGUCAGAAAAGGGAUGAAGAACUCAAGGCUUUAAAAGAAGCAGCUGCAAAAACCAUGGAGAGUGCUUGUAAUUGUGAUGCAGCACUUCAGGAACAAAGAAAAACCAUUGAAACCAUCUUAACAAGAGCUGUUGGACCUCAAGCUGUUCAAGCACUAAUCCAAAAUGGAAUUGGAAAACCUGAGGAUAUUCAAGGAUUGGUUAACCAAGUGCCCCAAGCUAAGGAAAAAGAACAGUUCCAAGCUCAGGCGAAACCACAUGAUAAUGGGGUUGAUGCUGCUCAGAUGGCUCAAGUUGAAAACAGAAAAAUAGAAAAACCAAAAGAUGACACUAUAGCAACUGCUAAUGAUGCUGGCUCUAAUGGUGGUGAAGCUGUAGAGGUGACGACUGAUGGCAAGAAAACACUUCGUACUGAAAACCCUGCUGAGACUGAUCCUGAUGCAGAUGGUGACGUUGUAGGGAAGGUAGGCAUGGAUGAGAUGAAUGCUGGUGAUGUAGAUGUAAGCCCCGGUGAAGGGGACUACAAUGAACACUUCGACAUAGAGGAGGAAUCCAAUGAAGACAGAGGUCACUAUCAGAAGGUAAUUGAUGAGGCAAGAGGAGAUAAAGAUGACACAUUGAAGUUUGAACCAGAUCAAGCACAGAAUGAUGGAAUUAAGGAUCUUAAAGAAAACCUUCAACGUGAUAUUCAGUGAGUGGUUUCAACCAAAGUGUAUUUGUCUGAUCAUAAUGCCGAGAACAAGUUUAUUUACACUGUGGUCAUAUUAUGUACACUAUACAUUAUAUUAUGUACACAUAGUUUUGUGGGAUGAUAAUGUUACACAUUUGGAUAUUAUAUAAAUGUAUGUAUCGCAACAGAAAUGGAUUUUAUUAUAGUAUCAUUACAUAAAUCUAGCAUUGUAAAACUGAAAAUAGUGGGAUUUGCUUUUUGAACUUGUGGGAUUUGAACUUUUUAUUAUGUGAUUCAGAGUAUGAUUUUUUAUGUUGUGGAAGUUAAAUGGGGUUGUUUUGGGCAGCUACUGAUAAAUAAAUGUAAGCAGUUUUGACUGUGGUCCUGUAAAGCUGCAUUGUGGAACUAAAUUGUGAUACUGUUGUAACAUGCAAAAUGCAAAUAAUUUUGUGUACAACCUCCAUGUAUAUUUGACAGAGAUUGUAUUUAGGGUGUAAAGAAGGUGAAAGUCGAGACUUCAGCAUUUCUUUUAAGAAUAUGUCGUUUGUGUACAUUUAAUCCUUCGUUCAUGGUACGUCUCAUGUUCAGCGGAUUUCAAUAUAUCACAAAACAUAUUUUUCAUGAAAAAAAUUCGUCAUUGUAUGUGUUAUCUCCCUUGGUUAAAAUCAUGUUGUUAUAAGGGAUAAUAGACAUACAGUUCUUAUUUUACCUCCUCAUGAUGCUCAGUGCACCCAUAUGAUGUACAGGUUGUUAGAAGAUAAUUAACAAUUCUGACCAGAUUGACCUUGCAUGCUGUGAAUUGCUGUAAUAUUAUUACAAGUUUUUCUGGAUGUAUAUGUGGCUUUUUGUCUUCUGCAUUCAUUUUUCAAAGAUGUUCAUGAUUUGUUUAUACAUGCACGUGACAGAGGUUUGAUUAGCCAUAACAUAGGACCCAAUAAAUGAUCGAUGAUCAGAUCAUAAAUGCAGAUAUCCCUGACGCACUGAAGCAAGAUGUUUUUUCCGCUUAUUAUUUAUUUAUGGUACAUUUGCUUCUGUUUUUUUCGGGACGAAAGAGAGCGUACUGAAUGUACAGGUGAUCUUCUAGAUAUUACAUAUGCUUUAUAAAUGUGCUUAUAGUGUAAUCUUGAUCAGUAUUUAAUGGACAUCUGAAAAUGUUUAUGCCUAUUUUUUAUUUUUAUUUACGGUAAAAAUGUUCAUUGUCUGUCAGGGUGUUGUCACAUGAAGCGUACAAAAUAGUGAAAUAUUUCAGUUGGCAAAAAUACCAGCCUUCAAUCUCUACUAUGUUAAAUUGUCGACCUUAUCGAUCAGCCUAUCAAUACUCAUGGUUGGAAUGCUCAAGGGAAAGGAAGACUCCACAACGAGUGGAGUAAAAAUUCAGUUGAGUUGCGUCGUUAUUUAGCACACAGGCACUCUUAGCACCCGACGCAAGAAGCGGGAUGAGUAGAGUCGCGUGUUAAAUAUUUUAAUUAAUUUCCACUCAGACCUUGUUUCACGUCAUCUUCCGUUCAACAAGUCAGAUACUUGGGAUAUAGCUAUGUUUUCUGCCAGUUGAACACCGGUGAAAUAAAUAAAUAAAUAAUUUCAAAGAAAUUAGCAUUAUGCUAGAUGUGAGUUAAGACAUGUGUCUUGUACGUAUCCUUGGGUUUUACCUGCAUGGAUAUAUAUCCCAGGUUUACGUUGUACCUGACAAUUUUUCAGUCACAUACACUGUAGGGACUCCUGCUUGUGUCUUAGUGCUGGACAAAGGGUG